AUGGAGACGACCAAGCUGCCUCCGACCAGCCCGUCCUCGCCGACGACCAGCUUCUCGGUGCCGUCCGCGGAGAAGGUGGACGGCUUCCCGCGGAGGUCGAUGCGCAGAGCCCGGCAGAGGAGGUCCCACAGCUCGUCCCAGUUCCGCUACCAGAGCUCCCAGGUGGAGCUCACCCCACUGCCCCUGCUCAAAGACGCCCCGGUGGCAGAGUUACACGACCUGUUCUGUAAGAAGCUGCAGCAGUGCUGCGUGCUGUUUGAUUUCCUGGACUGCGUGGCCGACCUGAAGGGGAAGGAGAUCAAACGUGCGGCGCUCAACGAGCUGGUGGAGAGCGUGGCCACGAGCAGAGGAGUCCUCAUAGAGCCUUUGUACCCAGAGGCUAUAAAGAUGAUCUCGGUAAAUAUCUUCCGUACUCUCCCACCAAGCGAGAAUCCAGAGUUUGACCCUGAGGAAGAUGAGCCAACACUCGAAGCCUCCUGGCCGCAUCUGCAGCUGGUGUACGAGUUCUUUCUGCGUUUCCUGGAGAGCCCGGACUUCCAGCCCUCCAUGGCCAAACGCUACGUUGACCAGAAGUUUGUCCUGCAGCUCCUGGAGCUGUUUGACAGCGAGGACCCCCGGGAAAGGGAGUACCUAAAGACCAUCCUGCACCGCGUCUAUGGAAAACUACUGGGCCUCCGAGCCUACAUCCGCAAACAGAUCAACAACAUCUUCCUCAGGUUCAUAUAUGAAACUGAGCACUUCAACGGUGUAGCGGAGCUUCUGGAAAUCCUCGGCAGCAUCAUAAAUGGCUUCGCCCUGCCCCUGAAGGCUGAACACAAGCAGUUCCUGGUUCGGGUCCUCAUCCCGCUACACACGGCGAAGUCCCUUUCCAUCUUCCACGCACAGCUGGCCUACUGUGUGGUGCAGUUUAUGGAGAAAGACGCUACAGUGACUGAAUAUAUCAUCAGAGGGCUGCUCAAGUACUGGCCAAAAACCUGCACGCAGAAAGAGGUGAUGUUCCUGGGGGAGAUUGAGGAGAUCCUGGAUGUGAUCGAGCCGUCUCAGUUCAUCCGGGUCCAGGAGCCGCUCUUCAAACAGAUCGCAGCCUGCAUCUCCAGCCCUCACUUCCAGGUAGCGGAGCGGGCUCUUUACUUCUGGAACAACGAAUACAUCCUCAGUCUGAUAGAGGAGAACUGUCAAGUCAUCCUGCCGCUGGUGUUCGCCACCCUCUACAGAGUCUCCAAGGAGCACUGGAACCAGACCAUCGUGUCUCUGAUCUACAACGUGCUGAAGACCUUCAUGGAGAUGAACAGCAAGUUGUUUGAUGACCUCACUGCCUCCUACAAAGUGGAGAAACAGAAGGAGCUGAAGCGAGACAGGGAGCGUGCAGAUCUCUGGCGAGGCCUGGAGGAGCACCAGGACCGCCGGAUGCAGAUGCUCACCGAGGCGGCCAGGAACCAGCGCAACCUCCAGGAGCGAGGCGAGAGAGGGGACCCACCGAGCCCUUCGUCCCCGCAGACGUCUCACUCCGACCAGCCCGAGCUCAAGCCCAGCGGGGCCUCCUCUUCCUCCUCUGGAGGCGGGGAGAGCGCCACCUAGGUGCUGCUCUGCAGAGAUUGGAUAGCACGGGGGUUAGGGGACAGGGAGAAGACAUGAGGUUGAUGGUGAAAGUGUUGGGAGAGAAAAGGUGCAAAACAAAUCCAAAUGUUCUUUUUAUCUUGUAUCAUCGAGAGCGUGGCUUCUUGUGAAGAAGCGCGCACACUCAGUGAUCCGAGGUAAACGGCGCACCUUUUUUUUCCCGACAGACUUGUGUGAAACUGGUUCAUUUUUUUUUUGUUGCUGUACACACAUUACGUUGCAGAUCAGAAGAUGAAUAUUGUCCGAAAGUGCAGACAGUAGUUUUAAUAAGUGGCUGGUUUAUUAAACUGCAGGUCAGUAUCCAAAAUUGGUAGCUGGCCUGCUUCAAAUCAGCCUCAAAACAAGAGAUGAAAUGUCUCUUUUGGUGCAACACUAACCACGUUGAACAUGGGUCUAACUUGAUAUUCAACCGACCGAGUCAGAGUCUGUACUGUGGCUACGUAUUUAUCUUUUGGUCCGAGAUGCUUAUUUCAUGCGUGGAUAGCACAAUGCAUUAAUAAACAAAAGAAGCAAUUUCACACAAAUGUCCCAAAACUAUUGCUGCACAGACCAGAGAGACACACACACACACACAGAGAGAGACACACACACACACACACACACACACACACACACACACAGAGACGCAGGUACAUAUUUACUGUAUAUAUGAGACAACAGAGCUACAGAGAGGAGUAUCCAGGUCAAACAAAUCUCACGCAAAAACACUUGAUUGACGCACCACAAUAUUUCAUACAGGUUUACAGGCCCAAAGACACACGCACACUAACACACACACACACACACACACACACACACACACAGAGCUGGUUCUGGCGCUAACUUCUCUCCCAUUCUGUCGGGGUCGCACCAAAGGACGAGCCGAAAGUCUCUCAAGGUUAAAUAACCACUGAUGAAGAUGAUGAUAAUGAUAUAAAGUACAAUACUGUUCCUUCUUCUUACUUGUUACUCUACUACUACUACUCUACUCUACUUUAAGUACUACUGAUGAUGAUGAUGAUGAUGAUGAUGAUGAUGACGAUGAUAAUGUUUUUAUAUAUAUACAUAUGUCUCUGGAUAUUUCCGUAGUGUAUUAUGGGAGAAACACUAGUGUAGCAGAUACCAUAAAGGGGAAGGCCGGCUCGAAUUUUGAAUUUACAUCACAUGUUACCUGUAUGAGGCCAUAAUGUGAGUGCUGAAAUUCAGCGGAAUUCCCCUUUAACAGACCUUAAAGCGGGGAAGAAUGAACUGGAUUGGCGGUGGCUGUUUUUCUUUUCUUUUUAAAUUUGGGAUGUUUGUGGUGCGAUGGGUGUAUUUUAAAGGGGUAUUUCUAAAAUAAAAU